AUGGCUCAAUUAUUAAAUAGCUUUACUCUUGUGUGUAAAGGGUAUAAUCCCCAGAACAAAUUUGUUUGGGACACUAGCGUUUGUGCUUGUGAUUUUCGAGUCAAUAUUCAUGGAUGUCCUGAACAAGAAGUUUACAAGAUCGCGGAUUGGAUUUUAAUCCCUUAUUGUUUAUUAUUAAGCAUAGUAGCUUCAAUUUGUUUGUACCAAUUGAUUCAUGUAAAUAAGGAACCUUUCUUCCUUCCUGCAAGAAGCGAUCGUGGAUUUUUGAGACCUCGUCCCCAACACACGUGUUAUGCGUUGGCAUUGGUAUAUUGUCCUUGGAAGAUCAUUCAUAUGCUUCAGUUGCUUAACGACCUUUACCCUAACGCCAUGUGGGCUGAAAUUUUCCAAAUAUUACCGCGUACCUUAGCGGCAUCAUUUUCGAUACUAUAUCCAUUAAGCGUUUUAUAUUCAACAGGAGCCAUUGAAAUAGAUACAACACUGUCAUCAAUGGGAUCCAUGAAAGGAUCAUUAAAUCUAUUAAAAAAAAUAGAUAUCACAUGUAUCUCCAUCAUGUUAUCCCCCCUUGUUAUCUUUCUGCCCUUGGCCGGAAUGACUGGACAUUAUGCAGAUAUUGGAAAUAUCGGAAAGGCGAAUAAAUAUUUCAUAGCGCAUAAUAUUUGUUGGGCCGUAUGGGGAAUCUUUUACAUAGGAGCGAUGGUUUAUUUCUGGUCACGAAUCUUUCCAAGUAUUUUAGAAAACGUUGAUUUGACCAUGAAUAAUGAGAAGAAUCCCGAAUUGGAAUUGAAACUUGAGCAAUUUAAGCAAAAUCGUGAUAAAAUCACCAUUCCAGGCACGUGGCAGUUAAUUCCGGCAUGCAUUUAUAUUUUUGCCCUAGUCUUAUACGGAGCCUUGCACAGAACGAAUACGAUAUUUAUUUAUGGAAUCAAUAUCGCCUACCUAAUAAUUUGGCAGUAUAGCAUUCCCAUCGCUAUUCACAUUUCGCAAUGGGUCAUGAUUUACAACACCUACGUGGCAAAGAUACCGGGAUCCAAGUUACGUGGUAAUAGUAUAGUUGGACCUCGUCGUGAUGGAUCAGAUACGACGAUUCAUUGUCCCGCUACAUCAUCAUCAACCGAUUUUGGAGAGAUACAUCUUGCAAUGAGCAGCUCAUUUGAUAAUUCGCUCAGUCAGAGUCCCAUAGCUCCUAAACGUAAUUUAAGACAAAGUUCUUAUCAUUCAUUUUAUGUUGAUGAUGCUUAUUUUAGAUCAAAAAAGGCUGAAUGGGGAAAUUAUGAAGGAUCAAGUCCAAGGCAUUCAAUCAAUUCAUCAUCUGAUGCCACAACUUUAAAUCACCGCAUCUAA